AUGCCAAAUAAUGUGGCCGAGUUCAGCGCAACCUUGUGGAGGAUUGCGAAGUGUGUCCUGGAUUCCACUUUGACGCUGCUGUGCGCUGGCUUGUUGCUGGCUGCACUGUGCGUGCCGUGGCGGCUGCCGUUCGCAGUCCUCAGCUCGCGAAGGGAGACUUUCAAUAAGCUGGAAGACUUUCAGGCUUUCGCUGCCUCGCAGUUCCUUCUCUCCAUGCUGGACCUACUGGUUCUGGCAAGUGUUCUGCCAUCGUUGGUUUGGCCGCUGCGCUGGUGCCGGAGCUGUGUGUUGAUCAAAGAGUCUUUGUGCGGUUCUGCUGAUCGUACGUCAUGCCGCCAUGAAUAUUGCAUGCAGCUCAGAGGGGACUUAUUUCUGAACGCUGUUUCCAGCUAUGCGGAUUUGAUAGUGUUGCCUGUGGUGUGCGUUGCACUCGUGGCUUUUUGGCGAUGGACUCCAAUCCACACGAAGAGCUUGAAAGUGGCUUUGCAGGAAGACACUUGGUGCGAGCGGCUGUCUUCAGCUCGGAACUGGGCGGCAUGGACAGGUUUGAACGCGAUCCUGGACUUGCCCUUUGUCAUCAUGGGUCUGGCAUCGGUUGCAGUGCCCUCACGCAUCGCAGCUUUCUGGUCAGUGCUGGUCACCAGAGAUGGGUUCGAGGAUCGUGAGGACGAUUGCGAAGCCCGGCUUUGCUUGUUCGUGCUUCCUUUCCUAUCUCUCACCGAUGUCGUGGCAGCACUUCUGGCCGUGGUUGGCGUGAUCAACCCAUUGCGGAGUGCACAGGCGGUGCGACUAUUGUCGAGUUGCUGCCAUGCUGAGAACAGUUCGUUCCUAGGCCUGUCUUUGCAGUUUCAGAAGGCCGUGCAGUGGAAUUCGCGGUUGCGCCAGAGGGCGCUGCUGAUUGGCCUGUGUUCCCUGAUGGACGUCUUCGUCCUGCCGUUCAGUCUUUCGGUCUGUGCAACGGUGUACAGAGCUGGUCCGCUGAUUGUGCAACUAUGGCCUUCUACCAGCCCGGCAACUGUUGCUUCGCAGUCUCCAGGCAUGCCAUCUUUGACAGAUCCUUCCCUUGGAACGGGAGACAUGGCGAGACUCGCAGACGACUUGCCCUUCUCGGCGCUUCACAGGGUUGCUUUCCGGCAGUUCGGGCUGAUUCUACUGGACCUCCUGACCUUGCCCAGCAGCCUGCUGGUUCUGCUGACGUGGUACAGGUUCACGCACCUCUCGUCGGAGAUGCAGAAGGUGCGGCGACGCUACCCGGCUGCCUCUCCGGUGGCCUACCAUGCCGCUGUGCUGGCCAACUCUUGUGUUGUCCUGCAUGACGUGGUUCUCUCCGUCUGCAGCCUCAGCCUGGUCUUGACCGUCUACAGGAUCCGCGCAGCCACCCGCGCCGUAAGAGCUGAGGAGCCGAGGGUGAGGCUCUGGCAAGAGAUCGGCAAUUUACUGCUGGAUCUGCCACUUCUUCCACUGUACAUGUUUCUCCUCGUCACCCUCUGGAGAGCGGACCUCGUCACCCAGAAAAUGUUUAAGGCAGAGAACAAUCGUGACCGGAGGUCUGCCGUACUGUGGGAGUUCCUGGAGCUUCUGAGGGAUUUUCUUGGAUGGCUUGCACUGCUGGUCCUUGCGGUGACGCUGGUUCGAUUGCCAAAGGUUUUGCUGGACAUUUGCGCUCAGCGGGCGCAGCCGGUGGCUGGGCUGCCACGCCUGCAGCUCACACAUGUCCGGCUGCGAUGUCCCCCUGACCAUGCCCCUGAUCGCCGGCUUGUGAUUCAUGCGGAAGGCCUCCAAGAUGCAUCUCGUGCCCGAUGCGAGAUUGGCAGCAUCCGCAUCAACGUGAUCUCCAGCAGGUUUUGGGAGGAGAUUGGCCGCCUCCUCGGGUCAGGUGUUGCGAGCCUGGGAAGGGCGCUGCUCCCCUACACCCUCGUGGACGGCAAGCACAUGGAUUACGGUGGCUUCCUUCCAGCUUCUGCUUCCAUCGAGCUGCGCCUGGGCGGGAAGGACAUGAAGUCCAAGCUGCUGCAGCUGGAUGAGAACAUGGCCAUGUGCGUGCAGAUCGAGCACAAGGAUCCCCAGGGAGCAGUGGAGGUACUCGCACGGCUGCCCAUUCCGAUGUUGCCCUUGCAGCAAGCGGUUCGGAGUCCAGGCGACGCUGUAGAAGUCGACGAAGCUCUGCUCACGGCCUCGCCAGAAGACGUCUGUGGGCCUUUGCUGGCUGGGGCAGGCAUCCGGAAUGCCCUCUGGCUGUGUGCGUUGCGCGAGCUCUGGCAGCUGUGCCUGGACAUUGUGCACUUGCUGCUCUUCGCUUUCCUUGCGUUGGCCCCGUGGCGCCUUCUGGCCUGCGCCUACUACGCCUGCGCCCACUCGGCAGUCUGGCUCGCGGUGCUUACCGAGCAGGCUGUCAGCCUCAUGCGACUGAAGCGGGCCAUGCUCGGCCUGUAUCGGGGAGGUUUGGAGCCCGCUUUGAACUCCGCCGCCAAGGAUCCGUCUCGGCGAACCCAUGCGAAGCUUUGCGAGGUGGUCGCACAAGAGCAAGCCCGGACGCCACUGCCGAGCCAGGGCAAGGAGCGCGCGCUGAUCUUGGAGCUGCAGCGUCACGGGCAGACGUCCUUUGGUUUUGUCGAGAAGCUGCGGUCACUCUCCUCUCUGCAAGAUGCAGUCGCCAGUUACUGGCCGUCCCUUACCCUGGGCGCCAACAUGCAGUUGGCCGACCGGGCCUUCGAGCCGGAGGAGCACGCACUGGCUCUUCUGAUGAUCGCGGAGGCACAGUCGACUGCAGACCAGCUGUCAAACACAUCCAUGGACGAGCUGAAGGCAGAGAGCUUGGACUUCCGACGCGCGGCGGAUGCGGAGUUUGGGAGGUGUGGCCUUUGCGGCAAAACCCUGCCGGAGCUGCGGCGCUUGGUGCAGAUUUUUGUCGCCGAAGGUGUGAAAGACUACCUCACGCUUGCUCUGGCAGUGCUCCUGCUGGUGUCCGUCUACCGCGUGCCGAAGGUCCUGCGCGGGGUCUUCCAGGAUCGUCAUUCGGACCUGAUUCACCGUGUCAGGGCCGUGCUGAGAUGCCAGGUGCUGCUGCUGGCCUGGGACGUUUGGAUGCUUUGUACUACUGUACUUGCUGCAAUCCUGGCCAUGGUCACGCUAGUCCGAACCAUGGAGUUCUUGCAGAACGCCUUCCUGCACUGUAGCACUCUCCGCGAGGUCCGUGGUGCAGCGCUCACGGCCUUGUCCGAGGCCGCCCGGCACUGGUGGGAGCUCCUCUUGCUCCUGACGCUCUGGAAGACCUACAAGACCUUGGUCCAUGCGGCCGUCUGCGCAUUGCUGCUUCCGGCCUACAGCUUGGAGGUCGGACCCUUUGUCAUCCGCAUUGUUCUUUGGCUCCUACUCUGCGCACUUCCCUGGACCACGUUGCCAUUUCAGUAUGUACUCUUGGCCUUCGCCCUCGUCGUCGUCGGCUGCUUCGCGUUGCGGGGCCUCCCUUGCCGGAGCGAGGCGACUGCCAGUGCAGCGGCGCCGCUGCACUUGCGGGUGACAGGCAUGAAUGCUGUGGUGCUGCUCUGUAUCGUCGCCGAAGCAGCGUUGCUGUCCUGCGUGAUCUCUCUGCGGCCGCUGUUGCAGCAGGAGGCUUUCUUCUCGGCCUCCGCAGCUGUCACGGGCCUAUGGCUCCUGGUCAUCUCACUGCCGCAUACGCAGCCGGAAGGCCUUUCCGCUGUGCAGGAUGGCCAUCGUCAAGGCGUCCUGGGCUCUGCGAAGUUCCAUGCGGCCUGGCAGCUGAUGCGGCGCGGGCUUGCGCUGCCAGCGGCCGUGGUUCUGCUCCUGCACUGCGGGGCCGGGGGCCCGCUGGGCCGCUGGAGCUGCAUGCUGCUGGCUUUCUUGGCCUUGACGACAGCUCUGGGAGCCGACAUGCAGGCACAUCUUCAAAGCUUCAUGCCCGACAGCCUGGGCCUCGACGUCGCCCAGCCGCCAACCUUCCUGGCCGGUCUUACGAUGGCACAGAUGGUCUUCGUGGCUCAG